CUGCCAAUGUCCAAUAAUUCCUGAUCUUAAUUUCCCUCUCAAGCCAUAACCCUAAUUCUCAAUCCCCAUUCUCUCGUCCCAGCCAAUCCCCAUUAAUUUCCUAAAUUCAUGUUGAAAUCCAAGCUUCGGAUCCUAUACAAUGAGAGUAUAUGCAUAUGAUUGAUCCCAAAAAGAUUCGCAUCACAGUGUACGGAGAUUAUAUGUCCGAAUCUGUGGGACGUUCGAGAGGCAAUUGAGAAUGUCGAACUUGUACGGAGAUUACAACCAGAAGAUCGACUACGUGUUCAAGGUGGUGCUGAUCGGAGAUUCGGCGGUGGGGAAGACUCAGUUGCUGGCUCGGUUUGCCAGGAACGAGUUCAGCGUGGAUUCGAAGGCUACAAUUGGGGUCGAGUUCCAAACGAAGACGCUCGUCAUCGACAACAAGACGGUCAAGGCUCAGAUAUGGGACACUGCCGGCCAAGAGAGGUACAGAGCAGUCACAAGUGCAUACUACCGAGGUGCAGUUGGGGCAAUGUUAGUAUUUGACAUGACUAAGCGUCAAUCAUUUGACCACAUGGCAAGAUGGUUGGAAGAACUGAGGGGGCAUGCUGACAAGAAUAUCGUUAUUAUGAUAAUAGGCAACAAGUGUGACUUGGGAAGUCUUCGAGCUGUGCCAACUGAAGAUGCCCAGGAGUUUGCUCAAAGAGAGAACCUAUUCUUUAUGGAGACAUCAGCUCUUGAGGCCACCAACGUUGAAACUGCAUUUUUUACUAUUCUAACAGAGAUAUACCGGAUUUUGAGUAAGAAGAAACUUGCUGCCAAUGAAGAGCUAGAUUCCACGGGGAAUUCGGGGCUUCUCAAGGGAACCAAGAUCAAUGUUCCUUGCCAAGAACAGGAACCCAGCAGGAAAAGCUGCUGCUUUUCCUCCUAAUUUAGCUUUGAACUCCUCUUGUCAUUUAUUUAGUUGUUUGUCUAUUUAUUGUUCUAAAUGUUUUCGUUUAGGUUCCAUUCUUUUCAACAAAAACACACAUUUUGUAGGAGGAGGAUAUAUAUAUUCAUGUUGUUGGGCGAGGGCAUCAGUUAAACUGAU